AUGCCUCACCAGUGGCUGGAAGGUAACUUACCGGUGGCGGCGAAAUGCGACAUCUGCGAGAAAACUUGCGGCUCCGUACUAAGGCUCCAAGACUUCAGGUGCGUGUGGUGUCGGAAAUGCGUGCACGCCAACUGCCGCCCCGGCUGGCGGGCGACCUGCACCCUGGGACCAGCGCGUGCCUCAGUCGUGCCCCCCACCAGGCUCCACUCCGUCGGCCCGGACGACGGCUGGCUGCCAGACAGGCCACCGAACGCCUCGCCCCUUAUCGUCUUCGUCAACUCCAGAUCAGGCGACAACCAAGGCGUGAAGUUCCUGAGGCGCUUCAAGCAGCUCCUGAAUCCGGCGCAAGUGUUCGAGCUGAGCGGCGCCGGGCCGCGACUAGGGCUGCGCCUGUUCAGACAUUUCGCGCCAUUGCGGGUGCUCGUGUGCAGCGGUGACGGCUCCGUGGGCUGGGUGCUGCAAGAGAUCGACAAGCUGGAUAUGCACCGUCACGUGCAAACGGCCGUUCUGCCCCUCGGCACGGGAAACGACCUAGCCCGCGUGCUCGGCUGGGGUGCCUCCUGCGAUGACGCUGCCAACCUACAGCAACUGAUAGAGCGGUACGAGAGGGCCUCCACCAAAAUGCUGGACAGGUGGUCGAUAAUGACAUUCGAGAGGGCCACGGCAGCGCCCCCUCCGCCCCCCGUGCCCCCCGACCUGCUGGAGGAGACCACACUGCUCAAAAACUUGCAGGACAUCAUGCAGGCGGGCGAGGUUAGCGGCGCGGCGAGCUCGUCGCUGCGCGCCGGCUGCGGCCGGCUUGCGGCGGCGGGCGAGAGGGCGGGAGGGGGCGCGGCGCGGGCGGCGCACCGGCUGCGCAGAGCGCUCUCGCUUCUGCUACACGCGAGGACGCAUCUAGCGCACGACCACGCGCGCUGCAGGUCAUGGGAGCCCGCGGAGACAACAACGAGCGACAGUGAGCCCGAAGCACAAAACGUUGCCGAGAAGGGCAGCAUCGAAAAGACUGAAAAGGAGCAGAUGAACUGGGCGGCGCGCAGUUGCUCGUUGGCCGGGCGGGCGGACAGCGUGCGGAGGGCGCUGCGGACCCUCGUGCGCACUUUGGCUCAUCUCUACCCGCAGGCACGUUCAGACCAUACUUUGUCGUCAUUCCCAACGCCGUAUAAAUCA